CGGGUAUCUUCCCUCCUCACUCCCACACUUCUCGAGAACUUUCCUCUCUAUUGACAAUCAAUAUUUUCGGAAAGUAUUCGAUCUCCGUCUUGCAAUGGAUCACUCUUACUUCUCCUACAAUGAUUAUACAUGGCUUCAGCCUGACCGGAAGGUGCCUGAUGGGGGUGUGCAAAUGCCUCUCAGCUCAUCAUCUUACCCUCUUGAGAUUUCCAUCGAUGAAAAUCAUGAGGAAAAUGACGAGGAAUUUUGCCCGUGCACGAGGAAAGGCAGCUCUCUGAAAGGAUUUCUUCUACAGGAACAGCUCGAGAACUUGAAUACAGAGGCGGUAGCCUUCAAUGCAGCCUCUUCCCUGUAUACUGGGUACUCCUUUGGCGAUCGGAGCUAUAGAGAGUGGUCCUCAGAAUGGAAGUGCCACCCUGAUCCUCUACUCCUAGAAGGAGCUUUCAUCUUCUCAGUCCGCAAGGCUGGUGACACAAUGAACGUAGACUUCAUGUCUUGGAACCUGUAUGAAUCUGUUUACUCCGUGGUCUAUGGGUGGCUGCCACUGCCCGGACCUGGCAACCAAACAACGUACACGCUGGAUGGCUUACUCCUUCUCCGAUAUUACGACAAACUUUCCUCAGUUCUGAAGUCGCUCGAAGUAGGACCUCUCCGGGAUGAGCUUUGCCUUUUUGUUGACGGGUUCUUGGGGGAUCAUGAGCCGUUUUCUAGCUUUGGAUACCACUGGCUGUACGUGAAUGGAUAUAUCAGUCUCGAAAGGUGGCAAUCUAUCGAGUCCUGUUUGAUCGAAAACGACCUCGAUGUUAUCGAGCAAGGCGUCCAGGCUGCGAUGGAUGAAGAAGAUACUUCGAAAUCCGAGCACGAGCAAGAUUUCAACGAGAUCCUCUUACCGGAUGAACAUUCGAAACUCUCUCUUGAUACUGACGUCGAAGAGACGAUUCUCUCCAUCAUUUCAACGUUCGCUGCCGACCCGCCUGAACCCGCAACCUCAUCCGAGACACCAUCUUCCAACAUGUUGAGAGACUUGAAGGCAGAGAAGUCCAUCGCUACUGCUUCGACUGAGAUGCCAUCACUGAAAUCUAAUGACAUCUCACCACUUCCUCUAUGUACCUACCAAGACGCUUCUACAUACCAAGACUCUAUUUACUCACCUGGCGACCACGUCAUUUUAUUCUGGAACGAUAUUGCUACUCAAGUCAGAUAUCUAGUGACAGACAGCCUGGAAACAGAUCAAAUUUGCCAUCGAAAAAAGCUUCUGAGGUACCUCCAAGGCGAAUACAAUUCCCUUGAAGCGGCUUGGUUCACGGCUGUCAGUAACGGAUCAGUACCCCAAGUCAAACACAUUCUUGAAGAUUUCCGCGCGUUUCACAACACCUACGGCGAGGCCGUCAUGCCCUUGUUUGAUCUUGAUAUGAUUGUAGACGACCCUUGGAAUCAGUACUUUGGUAUGACAGGGUUGACGAUUGCUGUUGUGAGGGGCGAUGCGAAACUUGUCCGCUGUCUUCUCGCCGCUGGAGCCGCUGUGGACGCGACAACUUCUCAAGGCACAGCACUAAGUCUUGCUGCCAAGUCAGCUGCCAAGUCCAGCUCUCGCCAGAUUAUUCGGCUACUACUAGCAAAAGGCGCCAGCUUGGAAGAUGCAAUUUUUGUUUUGAGCACAGAGGCAGCAACAAGUGAUGCUAAGCGACUGCAGGCGAUACAGACGCUCGAGGAACUCGCCCUGACACCAGCAGAAGAGAUGAAAUCUGAGCAUUUGCUCCGACAGCUUCAUUCUGAGUUCGCAACCGAGCAUGCCCACGUCUCUGAAAUCAUAAUGAAGGUAACAACUCCACCUGCCUCAGGAUUCGCUCCGUCCUUUGAAAUUGAGCAUGUCUUACCUGGCUGGGCACACGGCAUCGAGAGACUUAAGCGGCCAGCCUGGAAAGUAGGCAUGAGCAUACUGCGAAAGCUAACUCGGGGCCAAGUGUCCAGAAAGGUGGGGGAAACUGUAAUGGUCUUGACGAUAUUGAAGUCGAUGUCUAAUGUCUUAAGCCUUCGCGAUCGCGAAUCAUCAGACUCCCAAGCGAAGUUCUUAAAUGACUUAGCACGUUGGCAGUGGAUUUUUAGCUCCGAAGAUGGCAGCUUGCAAGACUUUCGCCGCGCAGCCCUCGUCCUCUGGGGUGUCACACUUACUGGCGACUCGGAUCUUAACAUGCCACCCGAAGUGGAUCAGCUUACAAGCAUGUUAUUCCAGGUCAUGGCCAUGAACUUGAUGGCCAAGAUGUCGCCAUUAUUACAUCCCCAAGGUAGUGGAGAUUUUGAAGAAAAUGGACUACUGGCCAGUCAAAGUCGUUGGAAGGCCAGCCACGGAAAACACACGUGCGGUCGGAGGAACUUGGAUACAGAGUAUGGAGAAAGUGCUCGUGCACCGACUUUUAUGGCACCUGGGUGCCGAGAAGAUGACCCUGACGAAUUUUCGAGGAGGUUCUCCCUGCUUCAGCCCACCCCUGUGGUGACGUUCGAGCCAGUUUUCCAAUCGCUUGCGUCAGGGGCCAUUUUCUGUAUCAUGAUUCUGUUCUUCAUAAUCUUACGGUCUCUUCUUCCCAGCACUGGCUCAGAAUCAAUCCUUCCUCUUAUAUACAAUCAAGCAAGCCUGCAAAAGCCCGUGCUGCAAGCAGCUUUUCAACAUGUCUUACAUAUUCUCCAGACUGGUAUAGUUCUCAGCUCAGAGCACCUGUCAGAAAUGAAGUCAAGUGUAGAAGUAGCCAUCAACCAAGGAUCUAUGCCGAGUUUCUCCAGUCUCAUCGAUCACCUACUUAAUCAUGCCUUAAUAUCUCACUGGGAUCCCUUCACAACGCAGAACGUACAGUCUCAGCUACGGUCCAUAAAAGCUUACUGGAGUUCAACCUACUCAGUCCAGCAAAAUUACCGCGCCUUAGAAGUAUAUCUUGGAUUCAAGCAAUUCGUACAUAUUGUACCGAUGAAUCCAUUACCCACGUUAAGCGUUCAUCCGACAAUCUCCUCGCACACUGCUCUGGAAGCGACAGAAAUGGACGUCGUACGCUCAAAUGAAGGAACAAACUCCAACAUUUCUUCGAAGUCUCCAACCUACGGAAGUUCCCUUUCUCCCUUGACAAUUUCAUCAAACACAGCGCACUCCUCAUCAAGCAACUCGACACCACGAUCUCUCAACAUGUCAACAAGAGCACCCCGAAACACAUUCUGCCACGAUUGUAAUCGCGACUACGGGAAGGUGUACAAUUAUAACAAGCAUCGUAAAGAUAAGCACGAGAAGGCUGAGUUCCCUUGUCGAAUUCCGGGUUGUAAGAAGGUGCUUUCGAGGAAUCAUUAUAGGAAGAUGCAUGAGAAGAAUCAGCAUUGAGGUUGUGCUUUGGUUUGGUCUGAAUACUGAGACUGGAUGGUAUAGAUACUCUGCUAGAUAUACUUGUACCGCUUCAAGUAGAUAGUUCAUCAAAGACAUCACUUUAUGAAGAGCAUGCGAGAUUUGCUGUCGAAUAUCGACAUC